AUACCCGACAACUUCGUACUGAGAGUCGACCCCGUACGUCCACAACGUGGCUUCCUAGUUCUAGCUCUUGCUUUGUGCCGUACAACCCCAACCUUUCUUCUACAAAAUUCUGCCCCCCUCACUCCGUUGGUGCAAAAUCUAGACCAAUUUUCUCGCUUCCAACGCACCAAUCUACUCAUUAUUCAGGAACCAUGGCGGCAAGAAUUUUCACCCUCUCACAAGUUGAACGACAUAGAUCAAAGAAAGAUUGCUGGCUUGUCAUCAAUGGCAGAGUAUUGAACGUGACAAAGUUUUUGAAGGAACACCCAGGAGGAGAGGAGGUGUUGAUGGAGUCUGCAGGGAAGGACGCCUCCAAGGAGUUUGAGGAUGUUGGACACAGCAAGGGAGCUCAAAGCUUGCUCCGAAAAUACCAGGUGGGUGUUCUUCAAGGACACAUAUUCCAAGACGGAGACUCCGAGGAAGUUGCCUAUGAGGAAUCCGAGAACAAAGCUGAGAUGACUGCUUUUGUGAUCAAGCAUGACCGACUGUCCAAGUUUCUGCGUCUCCUCCUCGAGUACUUCGUCCCUUUCUUGAUUGGUGCCUCCUAUUUCUGUUACAGAUACUUCACCAGAGCACCCUAGAUCGCCAAUCAGAUGAUUCAGACAUCUUCCUCUAAUCACCUCUCUUGGUACUGAACUUUGUAUUUUGGAGUUAAGGUUUUAUAAAUAUUAUGUUUACUUGUCAAAAUAAAAAAUAAAAAAGAAAGAAAAGAGAUCAUGAUCUUCCUCUAAUUAAUUUAAAUAAUUUAUUCGCCACUCAUCAUGUCUUAAAUAUGACAUUUAGUAGUAUGGAUGAAAACAUGUGUAAGUCAUGCCCAUUACUUGAAAAAAUGUGAAGUCUCUACUGUUAUAAAAAUAAUCUUUUGUCGUAAA